UAAGUAUCUCACCCUACGUAAGUACCAACGCUGAGAGUCACUCCGCUCCAUGUAGAUGAUUUGUUUACUCGAGUUGAAGUUGAUUGUCAAGGUGGUGUCAGUGAUGCUGAUGUCCAUGAGAAAGCGAAGCGAGUCAUUCUAGAGAUUAUCGGACUAUUUUCGGUGAUUCUAGUCGGGAUAUUAAAUUUACUGGAUGAUACUAUUUCGUCGGCCAUUAGUGUUUAUGGAACAAAACAACUGUUUUAUACGCGAAUGUGAUGAACUUUUCUUCAAAACUCGCGAAACCGGUACAAUUUCUAAAAAAACGUGAAAGUGAACUCGACAAUAGUUUUCUAUUGUGAGCUUCCAUUGUGGCGAAUUUCGGGAGCGGAGUAACUUGUGAUUAAGGAAGGAUUCUUGAGACGUUUUACUGGGACUUUUGGAUAUCGGAAAAUACACCGAACGAGUCCUGCAACGACUGGGGAAUCAUUUACGUUCCGCCAAUUGUUCCUGUUAAACUAUAAACGUUUGUUUGUGACGGACAAAACUCUUCUCGUGAACUAGCGAGGGAGUGAUAGUUCGAUGAUAAUUACUCAUAUCGUUAUGAUACAAUGUUGGGUGAGGUGACAUAAACGAUGAAACCAGAUCGUAAACAAUGAUGAAAUGAUUGUAACGUGACAGUUUGACGAUUGCGAGUGAUAAAUGAAUUUGAAUUAAUUAUUUCUUGAUGUAACUCUUUUCUCCGGGAAAAUUAUUGUUGAGAUAGUUUUUCUUAGCGGAUAAUAAUAAACUAAAUAGGCCAGACGAUAACUAGAGACAUUAAAAAAAUAUAAAUCUAACUGGGUCUGGUGUUUUAGUGAUUGACCGAAUAAUUUAGUGAUCGUGAAUUUGGAGGGUGGGUGGGAAGUUUAGUUCACGAAUUUUUAGUUUUUUGGGACAAUUUAGUUGUACAAUAACGAGAUGAAGUUUAUCAGUCACUUGUUCGGGGCGGGGUCCCCCAAGAAGAUGGGACGGCAGUACAUGAAGGUCGGAAGGAAUGCCCUUUUUGGAAUCAGGCCCAAAGAAGAGGGCGACAUGUGUCCGGAUCGAGUGCCGAGGCCUAUUAAUGUCAUUAUAUCGAAGAAGGGGAAGCUCCGACACAGCAGAAUAGCAGCUAUUUUGUUCGGCAUACUGGCACUCGCCAUUGGUAUUAUCCUCAGUAGUAUUCCCUGGGUCGACUACGUUAUUUUAAGACAAUUAAGGUUAUGGAAUGGAUCACUGUCGUUCCAGUACUGGCAGAAGCCAGGCGUAGUUAGACUCACCAAAGUUUACAUAUUCAACGUGACAAAUGUGGAUAAUUUUUUGAACUUCCAAGAGAAACCCAAGCUACAAGAAGUCGGGCCUUUUGUUUACAAGGAAGACAUGGAGAAGGUGAACAUCGUUUUCCACGACAAUGGAACAGUUUCUUAUCAGCAUAAAAAAAUACUGAAUUUCGUCCCAGAAUUGUCUAAAGACGGUGAUCUACGAGUUUUAGUUCCAAACAUACCACUUUUGACAUUGACAACGCAGAGCAGAAGUUUACAUUCUGUCAUAAAUAUGGGUUUAUCAAUGUUCAUAAGUGGAAUGAAUCAAAAGCCUUUUGUUCCGGUCACGGCGCAAGAGUUGGUCUUUGGCUAUGAUGAUCCCUUGGUCACUCUGGCCCACAGGUUUUUCCCAAAGGCGCGUCGUCCAAUGAGUCAGAUGGGUCUCCUACUCGGGAGAAAUGGUACCCUCAAUGAAGUAUCAACAAUCUUCACUGGGCACACAGAUAUGAGGGAAUUCGGUUUGAUAAAUCGUUUGAAUGGGCUCGAUCGACUUCCAUUUUGGUCCGAGGAGCCGUGCAAUUCAAUCAGUGCAUCGGAAGGUUCCUUCUUCCCCCCUCGAGACAGCACCGGAGAGGACAUAGUUCACGUCUACGACAAAGAUCUCUGUCGUGUCCUACCCAUGCAGUACAGAGGGCCAGUAGAAAAAGCCGGUAUAAGUGCGGCUCUAUACACACCCACUGACGAUGUAUUUGACCCGCCAAGUGCUAAAACACCGGACAACGAGUGUUUCUGUCCUGACGAUCCCAAGAGUUGUCCGCCAAAGGGCUUGCAGGACAUCAGCCCAUGCCAAUACAGCGCGCCCGUGUAUUUGUCAUUCCCACAUUUCUACAAAGCAGAUCCGCAAUUGCUAGAUGCUGUGGAGGGACUGAAACCGGUGCCAGAGCUGCAUGAAACUUAUUUUAAAAUUCAGCCGAAACUUGGGGUACCCGUAGAAGGCAAAGUGCGUGUCCAGUUGAAUCUGAAGGUUGAGAAUCAGCCAGCCAUCAAGGCAGUCUCCAAUUUUCCCGACAUAGUAUUUCCAAUAAUGUGGCUUGAGGAGGGAAUCGACGAAUUGACCCCCUCGAUAAGAAGAUGGGUGUACCUCUCAACGACAUUUGCCGAUGCUGCUGUACCCUGCAUAACAUACGGUCUCAUUCUAGUCGGUAUCGUUGUCAUAACAACGGUACUUGUUAAAACAUACACCAAUGUUAUACCGACCCAUGAAGCUAUUGAACUUGGAAAGAGAACCAUAAGACGAGGAUCUACAUUCAUUGUCAACGGACAGAAUCGUGUAAUGGUGGUCAAGGAGUCCUACAUUCUGCUCAAUCACAAUGCCGAGGAUGCUGUGCCAAUGAUCGAAGCGUGAUCACGAGUAGAAUAAUUCUCUUAUUUCAAAUUAUUUUAUUUCACGUACGACGAAAUUUCGUAGAGAAAUCUAGCGAAUGCGAUGGAUUUUUUUUCUGGGAAACCACUAGUUCCUUCUUGAUUCUAUAAAACGAAGAAUUUAGGGAAGCUGAUUGGCAAUUUAAUGACGAAUUGUUAGAUUUUUUGCAAUAUUUUUCUACGAAAUUUGAGGUAAUUUAAACUAAGAAUAUGUUCGAUGCAGUUGAACGAUUGAAAAAUGAAGUUGAUGCUCAACAUUAUCGUAUUUAGAUAGAUAAAUGUCUACUGCUAAUCUCACAUACUCGUUGAAUUAGUCGAUAGUGAUAGCGUAAUAUUGACAAUACGUGUGAAGAAUGGAAUUUCGUGAAAAUUACGGGUGAAACGUGUGGAAAAGUUUAACGACGAGAGCUCUGUUGGCCGGCCUUUUAUACUCUACCUCUACAAUUCUGUGAGCUCAAUGUUUACCAGGAUUGCAUUAAAAAAAAUAUAAUAGAAGCAGCAGAAUAAUGAAUGGACCAUGCAUACCAUCAACGUUUACCUGAAACGUUUUAUCCUAGGUAUUAUUAUUCAGGUAAUUGAUUAGAUUUAACAAAUCUAUGAUAGUUCAUUUGAUGCAGCAGUUGAAACAGCUGUCCGGGAAGAGAACUUUUAACGCUGAUACUCGAGAGAGAUGUAAUGAAAUGUUGAAAUUAAUAUCGUGCGAUUACUCAGGGGAAAGGUAUCUGGACCAUAAACGCAGAUGGCUGUGCUAUGUCGCAUUGAAUAAAAUUGUCUGAGGUGAUUCACUACGAUGGAAUAACUGAAAUUAUCAUAAUUCACGAGAUAUUCACAGUAUAAAUGACGAAACAAGAUAAUUAUUUUCUAAUUGAACUGAACCGCAGAUCCAUCCAUCGUGAUGAGUUUAUUCAAGUGGUCUUUAUCCAUGACUAGAUGUGCCCCGAGUGCUACUCUUAGAUAAUCGAGUUUAUUUAAUUAUGUAUUAUAAACUAGUUGAUUCGCGUGAACACGUGUGACGUUUGUAACAUUUUACUAAUUUUAAGAAUUCAACUCAACACAAAUGCCGUGAAAAAUGCCUUUGACGAGAGGAUCAAAAACAAACAGAAUUGUUCACGAUAAUUUAUUCAGAAGUUGUUUGGAAAAGUGCUCUGUUAUGACGAGUUAAUACUCUUUGGAGGGACAGGGACCGACUAUCGCACGAUUUUUACCACUGCCAUCACUCACUGCGUGAUCGAAGGCAGUAAUUAUAAAAGAAUUAUGUACUUUUAAUUCACGUUAACUGUCAUUAUUGUCAUGAAUUAUUAAAUUAUUGAUGGACAUUGAAUUGUGAAUUAAUUCAGCGUCAUUAUCGUGAAGAGAAAAUUAUUAGGAAUUGAAAAUAUUGGAAGUGUAUGGUAGAACUUUCACCUCAUUGAUUUUUAAUACCAAACUGCGAUUAUUCCAGAACUAUAAGAUCUAUCAGUUUUAAUUUAGAUAUCGUAAAUUUGACUUAGUGGAUAAGUUUGACAAAAUAAAAUGUCUGUUUUUUUUAACGUCGAGAAGAUCAUGUUUGUGAUGCUUUGAUGAAGCGAUAAUAAAUCAUGAAAUUGCUCAAUUUUAA